AUGAGGCUGUGUCUAGUACUCUGCCUCCUCUGCCUGAUGGUUCCUGUUGGCUACAGUCAGCUUCCAGAUCCUGCUGAAUCAAAGGGAGAGAAGGGAGAAACUGGUCCCCCUGGACCUGCUGGACCCCCUGGACCCCCUGGACCCACUGGAUUCCCUGGAACCCCUGGACGUUAUGGAGCCCCUGGAGAGACUGGAUCCUCUGGACCUGCUGAUCUCGAAGCCUUAAAGAAAAGCCUUUCAAAGUUGGAGCUGGCUGUAAACUACAACUUUGUCCGGAAAGUUGGUCAGAAAUACUUUGUGUCAAACAAGGAAAGAGGCUCUUUUUCCCAGGCCAUGGAGUUCUGCUCCCAACAAGACCUAGAGCUGGCUUUGCCGAAGAACGAGAAGGAGAACAGCACACUGACUCAGUUGUUUGGUGAAGUGGACAAAUUGGUGUGGAUCAAUGUCAACAAUAAAAAAGCAGAGGGUAAUUUUGGGUCAGAUAUGAAAAAACGUGCUCUGACUUUCACCAAAUGGGGAGAAGGGCAACCAGACACAUCUGUGGGGGAGACAGGCUGCACCGUGCUGUCUGAAAACGGUGUCUAG